CAUAACCCACUACAUCCCAAACGGUCGUCGCAUCCACAAAGAAUGGUUGGAGUGAAACCAAUAAUGACCAAUUCUAUCUUCGCUUCCUUUAUUCUUUGCCCCACUCAAAGGUUCAACAGCGACCCACGUUUUACUUCACCCUUCUCAGAAAAAAAAAAGCAAAAGAAAACUGUGCCUAUAUUCCGUUGUUGCCAUUGCUCCACACAGAAAGAUCCGAAAGAACUCGUCUUUCCUUCCAUUAUUAAAGAAAACCAGCCAAACCCAAAACUCUUCCUUUUGUUAUCUAUCUCCCCCUUUCUCUAUAUCUUUAUUAAUCAAUCAGUCAUCAGACAAGUGACUUGCCGAAGUUGAGCCAUGGAAGAGGUGAUAGUAGAGAACAAGCUUAUUCAAUCAAAUCAAACAAGUGCUGUGAUUUCUCAGCUGGAAUCAACCGUGCAGCAGCAGAGUUCAUCUCUGGAGUCAGAUGAAGUGAUCAGCAGUGGCGCCAGAGAACUGUGCAAAAGCAGCGGCGGUGGUGGCGACAACAUCCCCGUUCUUGUUCCCCUCCAAGUUCCCAAGGCUUUCAAGUACCCAGAAAGGUACAGGAGUCCGACUGAUGCGAUGGUUUCUCCGAUCACGAGAGGCCUUAUGGGAAGGAAAAGAAGUGGCGGUGGAGAAGGAGCUCCAUUGCCUUUGCCGCCCAUCGGCACAAAUCUGCCCCAAAAGCUCCAGGCGGCAGACUAAAGUGCAGACCUUCAAAAACUAAUGGCGGUUUGUAAUUUAGCAUAUAUAUAUAUGGGUUGUAAAUUGUUGUAACAUCUCUGUUGUGCUCCCACUUUUGGUUAAU